UCCAGAGCAAGCCAUCAUCCAUCCAUCAAUUCCGUGACGAUUUAACGAGGAAGUCAUGUGGCCGAGAUAUGGGUGGACAAUGAGAAUGAUUAUGCUUUAUGGUGGGCUUGGUGGGCUGUCAUGGUUUCGUACCAUUCACUGUCUUGGCAUGAUUAGUUACUGACAUCCAUCCACCUCAAUAGGCUGGAACAAUUUGGCGUAAAUGAUACCAAUUUUUGGAAAAUCAAGUUUAACGUUCUUCAACUUGCUUAUGUUGGCAAUGCACUCGUAGAUGUUAUGAUUUAAUUCCAUUGAGUUAGAAGGCCAUAACUUGAGCUAUAUAUAUUUCAUAUGAAAUACGUACAACGAAGUAAAUUUGAAGCGUUAAUUUUUUUUGUUUUUAAAUUGACACCCCAAGCACUUCAAAGUGCUAUUUUUGUGGGAAUUUGGUCUUGUUUGAUCCCUAAUUGUCUCCAGGGGAUAUUGAAGGUCGAUCAAUAAGAGCGAGAAAUGUUUUACUGAGAAGUGCGAGAUCAACCCUCUUCCUCCCUGUCUUUGUUUGGACAUACGUUCAUUAUCCUGGGAAACUUUCCUUCUGAAGGACCUGAAGGAUGUCCUCUGUUCGCCUCAUGAUGACUUCACCAUUGCCGUCAACCCAUAAAGUUCUUGUUGCAUUCGUUUUUGGUGUGUUGUUUGUGGCAUCUCAAGGCUUCAAAGUGGCCCAAUUUGAUUACAAAGCCAGAGGUCCUUCGACGUGGUGGUUCUUCCAUCCAGAGCAAUGCGAUGACCUUCUAUUUCCUCUCCAAAGUCCAAUCGAACUCAACUCGACUUUCAAUCAAUAUGACAUUCUUCUGAACGAGGAGCUCGAGUUUUCCAACGGUCAAACCCCACCCAAGAGUCUGGAACUGUUCAAUGAUGGGACGACUUUGCUCAUGAGACCCAAUUACCCCGAGGGUAAACGGCCCAUUCUGACGGGCGGCCCUCUGAUUCCGUUCCGAAAGUAUCAAUUAGACCAUAUGAUUUGGCAUUGGGGCGAGGACGACUCCAAUGGAGGCGAACACGUGAUUGACGGCGUGAGCGCCCCAAUGGAACUUCAACUGGUGUUUACGAACCUCAUAUACCCUGACUUUGAUGAAGCUGGUCGAUCUGAGGAUGGUCUUGUCAUAUUAGCAAUUCAAUUCGAGAUCGACGACUCCAUGAAGAAUGAUAAGCUCCGAUUGUACGACAAAGUGCUGCGGUCCUUACGAAAAUCGGGAAAUCGAAUUCAAAUCGAGGCUUCCGGUUUGCCCUCACUCCGCGAUUUGACGAAUGUGGUUGAUUUUGGCGAGUACUUUGCUUAUCAUGGAUCCCUGACGAGACCACCGUGUUUCAACACGGUCCAAUGGAUCGUCCUGAAAAACAAAGUCAACAUUCAUCCAUCUCAGGUUUCGUCGUUUCGAGCCCUCAAGGGUUUUGAUGGCCAGCCCAUGACUCGUAAUUGGCGGCCAAUUCAACAUCAAAAUCAUCGUACUAUUGUAUUCAAAGGACCUGUGGUUUAGAAUUCCUCGUGUCACGCUGACAUUUAAUUCAAAUAAAUAUGCAAUCACACAUGCGCACUGAAUGUGCCUCCAAACGGGAAGUG